UGGGGUUGCGCUCACUUCCAAUCUCUCUCUCAUGCCUACCACACUCUUCUCUUCUCUUCUCUCUUAAAUUCGGUCCUCACCUCUCCUCAUUUUCAUUCUCUCCCUCUCUCUCUCCGAAUAGCUAUUUUAUCUCAAUUUCCCAUGAUUCCCUUUUGCCCAAAAUGCCCUCACUCCCCAAGUUCUCCCUCCACUUCCUCUCAAGGUGCUUCGGAAUAUUCCGGCACUGGAGGAUCCUCUCCGAUAGGGAUGCCCACAACGACGAUGAGACUCCCGCAAUCGAGUGCUACGCAUGCACUCAAGCAGGCGUACCCGCCUUCCACUCGACGAGCUGCGACCGAUCACACUCGCCGGAAUGGGAGGCGGACGCAGGAUCUUCGUUGAUCCCGAUUCAGGGCCGUCGUGGUAGUGGUCAGGGGGCCCACCGGGCCACCAACACUACCGGCCCAUUUUCAUCAUGGUGGAUCUUCGGCCGGGUGCUGGAUCCACGCAGCAUGCCCGUCCAGAGGUGGAACCGCGCGUUGCUGCUCGCGCGUGGCGUGUCGCUGGCCAUUGAUCCGUUGUUCUUCUACUCGCUCUCGAUCGGACUGGGCGGGGCGCCUUGCCUCUACAUGGACGGUGGACUGGCUGCGAUCGUCACUGCUCUACGCACGCUGACAGAUGCCGUGCACCUGUUCCAUGUGUGGCUCCAGUUCCGGCUGGCGUACGUAUCGAGGGAGUCGCUCGUGGUGGGGUGUGGGAAGCUCGUGUGGGAUGCGCAGGAGAUCGCCUUGCACUACGUACGGUCCAUCAAGGGCUUUUGGUUCGACGCCUUCGUCAUUCUACCCGUACCUCAGGUGGUUUUCUGGUUGAUCGUGCCAAAAUUGAUUAGGCAAGAGGAGAUUAAGCUGAUAAUGACUAUUCUUCUACUAAUCUUCUUGUUCCAAUUCCUGCCCAAAGUCUACCACAGCAUUUGCCUGAUGAAGCAGAUGCAGAAGGUUACAGGUUACAUUUUCGGGACCAUCUGGUGGGGUUUUGCCCUUAAUCUCAUCGCCUAUUUCAUCGCAUCACAUGUUGCUGGGGGUUGCUGGUAUGUUCUCGCAAUACAACGUGUGGAGUCAUGCAUUCAGCAACAAUGCGAGAAAGAUGGAAGUUGUAGUCUCAUGUCUUUGUCGUGCUCGAAGGAAGUCUGUUAUCGGCUCCCAUUACCAUCAUACAUGAUUGAAUAUUCUUGUGGGAAUAACCUGACGACGACCGAGAAAAUCCCACUAUGUUUGAAUGGCAACGGGCCAUAUCACUACGGUAUCUACAAGUGGGCGCUCCCUGUUGUUUCAAGCAACUCGCUCAUUGUCAAGAUCCUUUAUCCGAUCUUUUGGGGCUUAAUGACACUCAGCACUUUCGGCAACGAUCUCGAACCCACGAGUCACUGGCUAGAAGUGAUAUUCAGUAUAAUUAUUGUCCUCAGUGGGCUACUUCUCUUCACUUUGUUGAUUGGAAAUAUUCAGGUAUUUUUGAGCGCGGUCAUGGCAAAGAAGAGGAAGAUGCAGUUGAGGUGUCGAGACAUGGAGUGGUGGAUGAAGCGAAGACAAUUGCCGUCACGCCUGAGACAGAGAGUCCGCCGCUACGAGCGCCAUAGAUGGGCUGCAUUGGGAGGCGAGGAUGAGAUGGAUAUGAUUAAAGAUCUGCCGCAAGGACUUAGACGCGGCAUCAAGCGUUAUCUCUGUCUGGAUCUCAUCAAGCAGGUGCCUUUAUUCCACAACUUGGAUGAUCUGAUCCUAGAUAAUAUAUGUGACAGGGUUAAACCCCUUGUUUUCUCCAAGGACGAAAAGAUAAUUAGAGAAGGAGACCCCGUGCAACGAAUGGUGUUCAUCGUUCGGGGGCACAUAGAGAGUAGCCAAAGCCUUAGCAAAGGCAUGAUCGCAACCUGCAUGUUGGGCCCUGGGAACUUUCUAGGGGAUGAGCUUUUCUCUUGGUGCCUUCGUCGGCCAUUCCUCGACCGCCUUCCAGCCUCCUCUGCUACCUUUGUUUGUAUAGAAGCCACAGAGGCCUUCGGCCUUGAUGCGCAGCACCUCCGGUAUAUCACUGACCACUUCCGGUACAAAUUUGCAAAUGAAAGGCUGAAGAGAACGGCAAGAUAUUAUUCAUCACAUUGGCGGACAUGGGCAGCUGUGAACAUACAGUUAGCUUGGCGUCGUUACAAAAUGGGAACAAACAGUCAUAUGAUUCAAGCAUUGGGAAAUGGCGACAGUGACCGUCGCCUUCGAUUAUAUGCCGCCAUGUUCAUGUCAUUCCGGCCGCAAGACCACCUAGAUUGAUGUUAGGGACGAUGGUUGCUUAUGAUUUGCUUGAAUUCAAACAAAAAUAUGUUUUCUACUAGUGGCAGAAUUCAGAAGCCAUGGAGAUGUUUUCCCGCAGUGUGGGAUGAGAGACUUGAAAAUUGGAAUAAAUCAUUUUUUCCAUUCGAGAAUAAUAUCUUUCUAAUUCAAUUUUUUCAACGAUUGAUAAAA